AUGGAUAUUAGUUUGUCAGAUAAUAUAUUAACGUCAGAAUUAGAUGAUCAACUAGUCAGCAUUUCUAAUCAUCAUUCUCAUUCCAACAAUACUGUAUCUACACAUGUCAGUAAUUGCAAUGAUUUCACCGGAACAACAUAUUUUACUACUAAUGUUUUAGGUAAUGUUAUCACACACAACUUACAACAUGUAGCUAAUUUACAAAGUGAUUGUAAUAAUAGUGUUUUACUUGAUGAGCAAGAUGUUGAUCACAAUAUUGGCGUCGGUAAUGAUAAUGAUGUUGUUAGUGACGAUAAUGACGAUAAUUUAUUUGAUGAUUUAUCCGCUGCAAUCGAGGCAAUCAAUGAAGCGAAUCGUUUAAACUCUGCGUGUGAUAAUGAUAUUGAUGAAAUUGAUGGAGUUUGCUGUGAUGAUGAUGAGAGUGGAGUUGUAGUCCCCAAUAUUAUGUCAUCAUCAUCAGCAGUACAACAGUUACAAUCACUGAGAAAUAAUGUCCCAGCUAUCACAACUUUCCACUCAAUAUCGUCAUCAUCAUCACCAUGCCAUUUUGUGACACAUCCAUUAUUUGCAAAUAUUCCUAUCACCACUACAACCGCAAUUGGUACUGCCACUACAAAUCAAUUGACUUUGUUUAAAUGUGAUACUGCCGACCAAAAAGUUGAAGAAAAUCAAUAUAUACAUGAAAAUGAAAAUGUGGUUGAAAAACCAGAUCCAACUGAGCUGGGAUCUAAUAAUUGUAUCAGUCAUAUACCGUCGUUAAUGACAGCUUCAUCAUCACGUUCCAUGAGUUCGGUUCAAUCAAGUUGGCGUUUAUUAUUACGUCCAAUAUUUGAGAAAGCUUUAAUUGAACGGUUAUGGACUAGUGGGGAAUUGGGGUCGUCAAAUCCACACUCUUUAUUAUUAUCAAUGUGGUUUUAUAUUUCGCGUCAUUUCGGUAUCGGAUGUCGUACAGAUCAUGCCAAACUUGCAUAUGGCAAUAUUGUAAUAGGCGUGAAUUCGACAACUGGUGAACGUCAUUUACACCUCCCACAUGGAGCUGUUUCAGUGGGAACAUUUAGAAAAAUAUCAAAAAGUACUAAAGAGUUUGCACCACCGGUGAAACCACGUCAACCAGAUACUCUUCUUCCUGAAUGUCUCACGAAACCUGAUCGUUGUCCAGUUCGUUUAUUUGAAGCUUUCUGUUCACAUCGUCCAUGCUCUUCAAACUCUAUUGAAUCUCCAUUCUAUUUACAACCUGAACGAUGUAAUUCCAUAAUUCAUGCAUCAAUGAAUAAUCCAACUUGGUUCACAUCAAAUGCUCUUGGUAAAAAUAAAAUUGGUUCAAUGUUGAAUGGUGCAUUACAAAAUAUCGGUAUGCCUGUUGGUCGACAAGUAAAUUUAGGCCGAUUCUGUGAUUCAUUAAUCGCUGCAGCAUUUUCACACUCCGGUGGUGGUAAUGUCGGUGAAGCAUUACGUAGUUUAUUGUUUUUAAAUUGUCGACCAAAUCAUCAUAUACCAGAAUCAUUAUUACCAAGUAUUACAUUGUAUGCAGAGAAUAUUGUACAAAUGUCAACAACACCGAAUUCACCAGUCUAUACAUAUUUAACUAAGAUAUGUUCAAUGAAAGCUGUGAAAAAUGUUAAAAAAACCAGUUUAAAACUAGCAAAAAUUCCGUCGAAACUAUCGUAUUCCGUAAACGUUAAUCAUAAAAGUAAUAACCAUGAUGUUAAUGAUAAUGAUAACGAUGAUGGUAAUAAUCAUUCAACAAAUGUCACUAGUAAUUUACCUGUAAUUUCUACGACAAGUCACAAUUGUAUUGAUAGAAUCGGCGUGAAUAAUUUGAAUCCAUUGUCGACUGCUCCUACUGAAGGAAAUGUUUGUAUUAAUUCAAAACAGACAACUUUUCGUUACAAUGACCAUCACUCUUUGGAUGAUGAAGAUGACGAUGUAGACGACGUAGCGAUUGAUUCAUUUGAUUUGGACAAUUCCAAUUCAUCAAUUAAUAAUCCCACUACUGACGGGCUACAUUCAGUACAUCAACAGUUACAUGAUAGUCAUGUCAGAACUGGAAUUGGGACACUUAACAGUAACAAUAACGACAAUAGUGGUAAUGAUGAAUCAUUAAAUUGUUUACCUAAAGUCAAAUUAUCUUCAAGUCAGGAAAAUUUGAAUGUGGACGUUUCACAAACAUAUCCUUUCGGCAGUAUUAUUCAGACACAGGGUGGUAGUGGACAGACAUUAUUUGAUAUAAAUAGUAGUCAACUGUUACAUUCACAACAUCAACUCCAGUAUUCUAAUUUUCCACAACAACAACAGUUGAAUAAUCCGACGGAAUUUCUUUUUACACCUUUAUCAUAUCCUCCUAAUGCCAAUGUAAAUAUUUCUUCAUUCUCUCCUGCUGUAAUAUUUGUGCCAGCUUCAUAUACAACAGCGAUCGGUCAUAAUCGUAUGGAAUUUGUAGCUGGUCCCGGUGGCACUGCCGUUGAUACAUCUGAUUCAUCUGUUGUUGCCUCUUCUUCGUUAACGAUAUCGCCUAAUUUAGGUAUCUGUUCAUCGAUAUCUGCUGCAUUGCCAUUAGAUGAGAAUAUGAUUGAUAUCUCUCGUCUUGGUGGUAUUGAAAAUCUAAUGCCUACAACUAUGAUUUCAUCGAGUACACCAAUUAAACAAUCAUCACCGGAUGUUACUGUGUCACAUUGUUCACAACCAGAACUGGCUACAAAAUCUAAUUUAUCGUCUAAUCGAAAUGAUACAAUAAUUCGUUGUCAACCUAAUGAUGAUAUACGUAUUGAUCUGCGUAAAACUGGCGGUGGUUCCGGUCGUUCAGUUAAAUUGGAAUUACGUGAAUUAUUAGAUCUUGUAUUAGCAGCUGCAUCUCGUACACCGAAUUCUUUAGUCUUAGCAGAUAGUGGUAAGAUUUAUUCUCCACUUCCUGGUACAUCACAACGUCCUCCAGUUGGUCUAGUUACUCAAUUACUUUGGCGUGCUCGUGCUCUAGACGAUCGUGGACCAUGGAUUUUAACUUUUUCUAUGUGGUGGUUAAUGCAGCACUAUUUUGGCAUUGGUAGCCGAAUGCAUCAUGUACGGUUACGCUGGGGACAUUUAAGAUUGGUAUCUAAUGUUAUUGAUCCUCUUACUGGAGAGUUAUGUGAAGCAAUUGAAUAUGUUGGUCCUUCGGCAUUCACUACAGUUAAAGCAUGUGCCCUACUUGAAUCUAAUUCAUCUUCAAAAGAUCAACCUGUUCGUCGUGUUUAUCCUUCUUCAGGUUGGGGAGAAGCUGAGAUUGCAGUUGCUUCAGCAUUGGCUUCUGAACACAGCGCUAAUCGUCCAAGGGUUCGUCCUCUUGAAAUUGAUCCAACUGUACCACCCGUUCCUGCUCGUUCUGGUCCUGAUUUUGUAUCUUUGUAUAAAUCAUUUGCUAGACAUAGACAACAAGCAUCGUUACUUCCAGAAGCACCAUUUUAUGUUCAACCUUUACAGAGUUCAACUUCAGCUCUUCAAUCAAAAUCUGCAAUUGCUUGGUUCAGUGUUGGCGCAUUAGGCAAAAAUCGUAUUGGUGCAUUAAUGCGUAAUAUUGUUGAUAAAGUUGUUCGUCCAGAUAUGCAACGAAUUGCAACAGCUGCUCUGUCAGCGGCCACUACUGCAUGUGUUAUAGCAGCGGAUAGAGCCGCAUUAGCCUUAAAUCAACGUGAGAAAUUUAAUUGUGUUAUGGCUAAUCGUUGUUCUACUACUACCACUUCUACAAUUAUUGCUAAUCAUAAUACUAUUAGUAGUAACAGUAAUAGUGAUAAUAAUAAUACUUUGGAUUUAAAUUAUCGUCAACAGUCAUUAGUCGAUAAAUUAUCCUGUUUACUAGGCACUAAUAUGUCUGGUAUGACUAAUGCAAGUAAUGAUACUUUGCUUACAUCAUCAUCACCUACGAUUAUCAACAACACAAAUAUCACUCGAACAAUUGAUACUGGUAGCAACAAUACUACUACUAUCGGUAAUAAUAAUAAUAAUCCCAACAUAAUGAUGCUUUCACGUUUAGAUAACCCUGAAACCACAAGUAUACUUCUUUCAUCAACACCAACACUGCUACAUUCAUCACGUACAGAAGAGAUGUGUAAUUCAAAUAAUCAAUUUUUAUUAAAGCUACCGAAAUUAAUGCAACAAUCAGUAUCAUCAUUACCAUCAUCAAUUGUAUCAUCUUGUAGUAAUAGUUCAUUGAUGAACACAAAUAGUAAUAACAUAUCUUUAUCAUCUAUGAUUACUCCACUAUCCGGUAAAUUGUCACCACCACUGCCCCCAUUACAAUCAUCAUCAAAAUUAGCUGAUUUUCGUAAUCAAAUUUUAUACGAAACCUCACCAGUUCAACAACAACAAAAUUUUGUUCAUGAUAAUGAUCGAAUUAUUGUUAAUCCAAUCAAUCAGUUGAGUGCAAACAGUUUUAUCCUAUUAACCACUGUAGAUGGGCAUACAUUUUUAGCGCCUAGUAGUAGUAGUAUUUAUCCACCAACCUCAACAGCAACGACAACAAUAGCGACUAAUCAGUCGAAUAGUUAUAUCUUGAUGCCUAAUUCAACAGCACCCACAUCCACUGGAACUAAUACUGCAUUUAAUACAACUAAUCUAUCUUUACAACAAUCGGAACAGUUCGAUCCCAUACAACUUCAGUCUCAUCAAACUAAUCUUAAUUCAUUGCAACAAAGUACAUUUAUCUUGUCUAGUUCAAGCAAUCCAACUUUAAAAACACAAAAUUCGUUGACAACGACAAAAAUCAAUUCCACGGCAUCUUCACCAGCUACAACCACAUCACGAGCAUUUAAUCAACCUGUGGCAUGUCAUCUAAUAUCACAUCCAAGUAAUAAUCAUAAUAGCACUAAUGCAGUACCGGUGAAUUUAAUUCUCUUAUCUACCUCAACUUCGCCUGGUUUCUGUUCUGCUCCAAUUGUAUUGAAUACAACUUUACAACCUCAAAUUCAACAUCACCAAGAGCAGUCACAAUCUUGUAAUUUACAAACAAUUUAUCAAUCAGACAGUCGUCAGUGUGAUUUUGAUUUCAAUCUAUAUUCUGCUAGUAGAGAUGGUGGCACUCCCAUGGAUUCACUUCAACCGUUAAUUAUUCAAAGAAAUGAUUCCAAUAUAGCUACAGUUGUUUUGAAUACAAAUAAUGACGAUACACCUCUUCGUCGAACAGUCACUUUAAUGAAUUCAACGAAUCAGACAAUUAGAACCAACAGUAAUAAUAGUAAUAACAAUAAUAUUAAUGAUAAUUGUCGAAUAAAAUUAUCCCAAGUAAGCACCAGUUCGGCACCUACCACAAGCACCACAACAAAUUGUGUUACUACUACUACUACUACUACUACUACUACUACCAUACUUCCAGCCUGUAAUCAAAUAUUUUAUGGUCGUAAUUCAUUACAACAUCAACAAUUACAAUCUCCACUUCAAGGUUUUGAAAUAUCAGACCACCAAAAUUCGACAUCCUCUUCAAAUGUUGCAGGUACAACUACGACCUCAACUUUAAUUCAAGUUAGUCCAUUGAAAUCAAAUUAUAAUGCACAGAAUGGUAGUAUUGUUCAAGCUUUUUCAUAUACUGCUGAUAGACAACCGAUAACCAUUACACAACCUGAUAAUGUCGUCGGUGACGUUGAUCACAAUGGCGUUACACAAUCACAGUUUUCAACAUUAAUUGAAGCGAAAUUGGAACCAUCAACAAAUAAUUCGCAUAGCCUUCUACAACAAAAUAAUCAUCUCGUAACUUCAUCGAAUUCGAUGCAUAAUCAACCAAUAAUCACUUUUCUUCCAUUAAAUAAUAAUUAUUUAUUCAAUAACUCUAGUAAUAAUUUUACUUCUACAACUGUGACAACUGGUACUACUACUUCUACUAUUGCUCAUGAAAUCGGUUCAACAACGUCUAGAACUACAACUACAAAUAAUAACAAUAAACCGGAUAUUUAUUUUGAAAUUCCCCUUAGCAAUAGAGAUUUGUCUAGCUCAGUUCAAACAGUUUAUCGUUUGUUAUAUACUGACAAUUCUGGUCGGACGGUAAUCACCAAUGAGUCAGCGUUGAUUAAUGAAGCCGGUCAUCUUGUUAUUAUCAAUAAUGAUAGCAUUAGUAAUAACAAUAAUAAUCAUUUUGUCAGUAGUGAGAAUAAUAGUAAUAAUGUGUUGAAUGCAAUGAGCGUACUUGGGGCUGAGUACUCACCCUACCAUUCUUCUUCCUGCGCUUCUUCAUCAACUGAUCACUAUACUAUUGACCAUCUUCCGAAUAUUAAUAAUCGCCAACUUCAGUCGACACCUUGUUCCUCUGUAGUAUCGUCAGCAUCAACGUUAACAACGGCCUCAACAUUAUCCUUGCCAUUAUUGUCUAUCGGCGAUACAUUGACAUUAUCAUCAACAGCGUUGAAACUACAACAAUCUAAACAUUCAUCAGUUACUACAUCGAAUGUGACAAAUCGAUUACAAACAUCAAACCAACAUAUUAAUAAUAAUCUUGAUGAAAUCCAUGUUGAUUUUAUGAAUGGUAUGUCCAAUACUGGUACUACUACUACCACUACUAAUACUACUACAAAUGCUACUUCCAGAAAUGCUACAAAUCUCAGUUUUAAUGGUGGUGAUCAGUUGGUAUCUGGCUAUCAUCAUCAAAUUAAAAUGGACGAUAAUUGUUAUUCAUCAUCUUCUGUUGUGACGACUGCGGCAAAUCCGAUGGUGUCUAAAGGACAUUAUCACAAUAUGCAUAAUAAUAAUAAUAAUAGUAGUAGUACUACUAAUAAUAAUAUUCGAAAUAACUCAUUAUUAACUCUUCCUUCUUUGUCAAGUAUGACAUGUCAUUUAAUCCCAGUGGAGCCGAAACCUGAUCAAUUGAGAACUUUACAGUCUGUUAUUAAUUCCGCCAGUGCCUUCCAAUGUUCCGAUUUUCCUGCCUAUGUUGAACAGUUAUUCCGUAAAGGUAUAUUGAGUGGUCGAAGACCAUGGUGUUUAAAUUUUACUGCAUGGUUUAUCAAUACGUUAGUUUUUGAAGUGGAAAAUCGUACAGAACAUGUCAGUCUACGUUGGGGUGAUUUUCGUCUGUGUCAAACUGCAGAUAGACAAACAGAAUAUAUUUAUUUUAUUAAUCGAAUUACAAAUAAACGUUAUUAUUUAGCUGGAUCACCAACAUCAUGUUGUGCAUUGGGUUACAAAAAAAGUGAAUUUGAUAUGAAGUCAAUACAUGAACCACCUGUUCGAUGUCCCUGUCCUGUAGCUAUAUUCAAGGAAUUAAGAGAUAGACGACCUAACGGUUGUUUGGAUCCUUAUUCGAAAUUUUACUUACAACCUCGUAAUGUUGAAUGCCCCGAUGCGAAUGAUAUUGAAGAAAUACACGAUAAAGUUCAAAAAUGUCAUUUAUUACCAGCUAAUAGUAAUUGGUUCACGGAACAUGCAUGGGGUAAAAAUAAACUUGGUGGUCUAUUCGCUGAAGCAUCAAAACUUGCUGGCUUACCAACAAUCUGGUUACGUAAACAUAGAUCGAGAAAUUUUUUCCCCGGUGGUGGAGGUUCCGGUAUCGGUGCAUUAGGCAAUCUUCAUCAUCAUAACCAAUAUUUUCCUAAAACUGACAACAAUAUUGAUAGUGAUACAAAUUUGUACAAAUCUAAUACUAGCACUAUGGAAAACGAUGCAGAACAUUCGAUUAUUACAUCUAAGGAGAAUAAAGAAAUGAUUAGUAGUACGCAUACAGAGAAUAAACGUAGACGAUUAAUGAAUUCAGUUAAAGAUGUAAUUUCAACAACGACUUCGAACACAACAACUACAUCGACGACAACGAUGGUGUCAACAACAGCGACAACGGUUAUUGGAACAAUGAAUGCAACGAUGACUGUUGAUCAAAAGGAUCCUAAUAUUGUCAAUAGUGUAAAUAUACUACCUAGUUCAAUGACUAUAUUGAAGCCGAAAGAAGUACUGUAUACUUCAACUAUCAGUUAACAGUUCCAGCUUAAUAGACAGUCAGUAUACAUAUACAUAUACCUACUGCAGAUAUUUUCUGACCACCUCUUACAUAUUUCAUUCAUUCCACAUACACAAAUAUUUCAUAUUUAUUUGUUCGGCUUAUUUAAUUUUCAAUCAUCUAUGAUUUUCAGAAUUACACUUACCUAGAUAUGGAACUCUACUAAUUCUGUUUAUCUACAUUUGAUUUAAUGAAUUGAUUAUAAUAAGCAAACCAAAAGAGAGAGAGAGGAGAUGAAGCAAUACAACAUGCAUAUCGUCACCUUUUUUUCUUAUAGAAAUUGCUUUGCGAUAAUGAUUAUUUCGUACAGUUUAAUUGUUCUAUGUUUUGUAUACAGUGAUAGGGUAUUGUAGUACUUACAGUGGUAAUAUUAGUAGUAGUAUUAAUAGUAGUACAUUACUGAUGGCUUUUCCUGUUGUUUUUUCAUAUGAGUGCAGUAUUUUCUUUUUACUUAAACUUGAUUAAUUUUAUGAUAUUUGCUUAUUUCCAUAACACAACUAGAAGCAAUAGUCAUAAUUUAGUGUUAAAAUUAUUACAUCUACAUGAAUUAUUUUCAUUAUAAUUAUAUUCAUUAUUAUUAUUACAAUUAUUAUUGAUGUAUAUAUAGUUUCACACUUCAGAGAUUAUAUCUAUGUUCUAUGUACUUCACUGUUUGAUUGCUUAUUUUAACUACUAACUUAUUAUUGCUGUUUGUUUGUUUUUCCCUAUUUCCAUGUAUAUGUUAUCGUACUACUGAUUUGCCCAAAUUGCUUUUAAUAUACUAAAAUACACAGAAAUAACAAUAUACCUCAAUUUAUGGAUGUUGUUUUAAGUGAUUUUCUAGAGAACCAUUGAUUUUUCUUCUUUUUAGUUGUCAUUUCAGUGAUGAGGGUAUGACGAUGAUAAUUUUUGCCACAGUUAUUGUAUACUGUCUAUUUCUCGUUGAAUUAUGCCUUUCAACAUGUCACACACAUCCGCAGUCCUGUGUUCUGCUACUUGUAGUCCAUAUAUAUAUAUAUAUAUAUAUAUAUAUAUAUAUAUAUAUCACUGUACACAUAGGUUGUUGCUUUCAACUAAAUACCCUCUUGUUCAUCUGUCGCUCCCAACCGUGUACACAUUAAUUCACUUUUUCGAUAAUCCAUAAAAUGUAAAUGUCCGUAAAUAAUAUGAAGUGGAUUUAUAUGUGCAGUGUAUUCUAGUUUGUUGCCCUCUCCUCUCGGGUACUCAGUGAAAUUCCUACCAUAUGUAUGUAUAUACACACACACACACACUCAAUACUACAUAUUUUAAUUCAAUGAAAGUCAUGUAAUUUUUAUUAUCGUCUUUUUCUACAAUAGUCAUUUCUAUAUUUAUAUAUUCAAUUUCUUCAUGUGCAUAUAUACAUGUAUAUUUAACAUUGUUAUCUUAAUUAUUUUUUAUAUGAACAGAAAAUUUAGCAUAUUAUUACAAUUACAUAAUCACUAGUUGCUUUCUAUUACAUAUAAUUCUAUACAUAAUUUGAUUGUGCUUUCGUUUUAAUAAUUAAACAGCAUUUUCUUUUAAUUGUAGAGCAUAUUUCCCUCCUCACUAUAUUAAUGACAAUAUUGUUGUUCAUUUAUUAUUGUCAUCUAUGAACGUUUGCUUGUAUUGUUUGUUUACAACGAUGUUUUCAUACACGUCUGUUUUUUGUUUGUUUUCUAAUUGUUGUGUAAAAGUGUUUUUGUUUCUUUCACCGAAAGUCUGUUACAAAUUAUGUUUAUUAUUAUUAUUAUUAUUAUUACUUCUAGUAAUCAUUCUGUUUUACACGUUAUCACUAUUAUAAUUAUAAUCGGUUAUUAUUUAUAUGGUAAAGUUAAAAUUAAAGCAUUUUCUUUUAAAGAAAAGAAAUUUAA